AAGCUGCUCCCUUCCCUCGCGGCCUCUCUCGAGGACAUCUUUACCCACUGGGAAAAAACUCCCUCAAAUUCCAGAAGAAAGGCGAGUGAUGAGGAGGCAGCCAUCCCAGAAAAGAUCAGAGUUCCUGAUCCUGUGAGCAGCUCUGAGAGCUCAGAGAAAGAAGAGGAUGAGAAAGAGAAAGCAAAAGCAAAAGCUGCAACCAGCCUCUCCGUGGCCACAAACUCAGCAGUGAAUGUAGAAAGCAGUGAAGAUGAUGAUUCCUCAUCAGAAGAGGAGACAGCAGCUGGAAAAGGUGCAAUUACGGUGACACCAGUUGUAGUGAGUGGCAAAGCUGCCAACUCCCUGAAUUCUCCAAACAAACGCGCUGCUCCAGCAGGCAAAGCAGCGGCGCGCUCUGCUGCGAACAGAACUGUGGUCUCAAAUAAGCAGCAGCCCAAUGCGCCAGCUGUAUCUGCAGUUCCAGCCAAGGCUGGGCAGAAACUGCCCAGUCCUGGGAAGCCCGGACAUGCCGCAACAGCCACGGCCAAAGUAGGUCAAAGCAAAGCACCAGUAAAGACCAAAGCACCGGAAAGCUCCAGCAGCAGCAGCAGCAGCAGCAGCUCCUCAUCAGAGAGUGAGGAGGAAAAAAAGGCACCGACUGCAAAGGCCCCAGCCCCGAAAGCAGAGCUAAAGCAGGCAGCUAGGGCCACUGAGAGCAGCAGUGAGGAAUCAAGUGAUGAGACAUCCGAGGAAGAGGAGCUUGCAGCUCCAGCAGUCCAGGCAAAACCAGCUGUGAAAACAGUGCAGGUUAAUGCAGGGGCAGCAGUCAAAAGUGCACCUGCUACUCCAGUGUCCUCCAAGAAGAAUGCAGUGAGGCAAACGGCAGUGGCACCAGACCAGGCCAAACCCACAUCCGUAACGGUUCCUGGGGCUGCAAAGCCGGAUGACACAUCAGAGAGCAGCGACUCAUCAGACAGCGAAGAUGAGGAACCUCCAUCAGUAACCCAGACAAAGCCACUUCCAAAAUCCUCCCAGGCCACCCCAUCCCCAGUGAAACCUGCACAAGCAGCAUCACUCUCUGGCAAAGCAACUCCAGCAAGAACACCUCCACUGUCCCAAGGGAAGCCAGCACCAAAACCAGCAGUGCCAAAGCAGGCCAAAACCACACUGGGAAGGACUGUUGCUCCCACGAAGCCUGCUGAAAGUACAAAGCCAGUGGAGAGCUCUGACUCCUCCAGCAGUGAAGAGGAGGAUCUCCCUGUGCCUGUCAGCCAGAAGAGGUUGACAGAACAGCCUGGGCCUGUUUGCAACCUGAACCAGGCUGCUAAACCUGGCUUGCCAGAAAAAGCAGUGGGAAGCACCUUGAAAAGCCAGGCCUCAGAAAGUGGGAGUAGCGACUCGUCUGACAGUGAGGAGUCCUCUGUGGCACAGGCACAGCCUCCACAAGCUGUCUCUUAUGCUUUUCCUGCAGUGAAAACCAAUGCUGUGCGCCCACUGACAAAUGUGAAGAAGGCACCGACUCCAGCACCAGUGCCAGCCCCUCCACCUGUGGACAGCAGUGAUGAUUCCAGUGAGGAUUCAGAUUCAGAGGAAGAAAUAGUCCCCCCUUCGCAGGCCCCAACUCCUCCUUGCCUAAAGCAAACGGUUCCUGUGAGAAAAGCUCCUCCAGCCAGCCCUGCUGCCCCGCAGCCUGCUUCGCUUCUGGGAAGUACUCCUGCCAAGUCAAGGAAGCCAGGCCUGCAGCCAGCGCAGGACGCCCGGCUGAGCCAGCCUGUACCACCCACCCAGGCAGAGGAGACCUCAGACAGUAGCAGUUCCUCAGACAGCGAUGAGGAGACAACGCCCAAGCAGCCCCCCAAACCUGGCUUGCUGCAGAAACCAGGAGGGACCCAGCCAGCCCACAGCUCCUCCUCAGAGUCCAGUGAGGAGGAGGCAGUGUCACAGUCCCUCCUCACAGGCCUCUCCAGGACACCAGCAGCACCCCAGGCACCAAAGACGGUUCCCCCUCAGCCUGUAGGCAAAGUGGGGCAAGGGAAGGCAGCCGUGACUGCUGCGAACUCCCUCACCAAGGCCCCUGUGAAAGCAGCCCCAGCUGACAGCUCCAGCAGUGACUCCGACACAGACAUUGACCAGGUGGCUGCAAACCACAAAGCAGAAAACAACCCCCCUCCAGGGCAGGAAGCCACAGGAGCCUCCAACAAAGAAAAGGUGGCAGGAAAAACAGAGCCAGGUCAUGCCAGCCUCAAACCUUCCCCAGCCAAGAAAGCCCUAGCUGUGAAAGAGAAUGAUGUUGGGGCGAAAGGGUCACAGGUGACCCCAGCACCAUAUGCACUGCGGUCCAUCCCACAAUCAGAGGAGUCAAGCUCGGGGAGUGAAACUGAGGUCACCAGUGCUGCCAAAGCUCCUCCAGUGCAAACACCGGAAGGGUUGGAAGAGAAGAAAAAGAAGAAAAAGGAGAAAAAAGAAAAGAAGGAAAAGAAGAAGUCUUCCUCUACAGCAGACAAGGCUGUGAAAACAUCUAAGAGCAAAGAGAACAAGAAGCAGAAAACAUCUCGGAAGCGGAAACUGCCAGGAGACGAUGGGGCUGUCGGGCAGCCCAAGGAGAAGAAGCAGAAAGGGCAAGCUAAUGAAGAAGUACCCAAAAAGAAAAAGAAGAAAGCAGCUGAUGACCUGGAGAAGUUGCCAGGUAGCAAGGAAAAGAAAAAAUCAGCUAAAAAGAAAAAGACUGGAAAAGAAAAGAAGAGGAGCAAAAAGGUGUCUUCGGAAGGGGACCCUAUAGCAGAUGGCUCUGCUGAGGUUCACAAGAAGAAGAAGAAGAAGAAGAAAACAGCUGAGCCGGAAGGAUUGUGA